CCCAACACUGGUCCGUGGCCUUGCCGUGGCCCGGUGCAUUCUGGGGGCGGGACACAUGCGGUCGUGCGUGCCAAGACCAGGAACCAUCAGACCCCAUGGGCCUGCCCACGGGCUAAUGCCUGCUAAUGCUUCCAGCUCAUGCGGGGUCGCUUGGCGGGCGAUAGAAUGCUCGAGGGAGGGCGCCCCCAAGGCGCCCCGCAAUCUGGGUGAGUCUGAUGCGCAUGCUCCCCCGCUCAGCUGACCACCGCCCAUCAAAUUACCCGCCUUGUGAGCCCCUGCCUCGCGGUCCGCCCGUCCCCAGUCCUGCCCAUCGUCCGGUCAACGGACUCCGGAAGUGUUCCCAAUAAAAGGCCCCGUCCGCCCGCCAUUUUCGAAGCCCCCGACUCCCGCUCCCGGUUCGUCCUCCCCCCCGACAACCCAAGUCGCGUCCAACAGCCAGGUACUCGCCAUGGGCAAAGGCUACAGUCCCGCCAUCGCGGGGAACCCGUACAUCGUCGGGUCCUUCGCAUGUAUCGGCGGUGGUCUCUUCGGACUGGACAUUUCGUCCAUGUCCGCGGUCCUCAAUAACCCCGCCUACAAUACGUACUUUGGCAACCCGGACACAACUAGGCAGGGAGGCAUCGUCGCCUCCAUGCCCGCCGGCUCCUUCGCCGGUGCCCUUGCCGUCACCUACCUUGCAGACAGAAUUGGUCGCAAGUGGACCAUCAUCAGCAGCGGCUGGAUCUGGGUCCUCGGCUGUAUCCUCCAGUGCGCGUCUCAGAACGUCGCUAUGCUCAUCGCUGGGCGUGUCAUUGCUGGCAUUGCGGUCGGUAUUGCCUCCUCCGUCGUCCCCAUCUACCAGUCCGAGAUUACUCCUCCCGCCAUUCGUGGUCGGCUCGUCUCGAUGCAACAAUGGUCGAUCACAUGGGGUAUCCUUCUUCAAUACUUCGUCGAGUUUGGUUGCUCGUACAUCGACGGAAACGCUUCAUUCCGGAUCCCCUGGGGUCUCCAGAUGAUACCCGCCAUCGUUCUUUCCCUCGGCAUGCUCUUCUUCCCUGAAUCUCCGCGUUGGCUCAUGGAUCGUGACCGCGAAUCAGAGGCUCUGCAGAUCCUCGCCGAUCUGCACGGCGGUGGCGACACGACGACUCCGCUUGUCGUGCUCGAGUUCGACGAGAUCAAGGAGCAGGUGACCUUUGAGCGCACCCAGGGCGCAAAGUCAUAUCUCGACCUCUUCAAGCCUGGUAUCGUGCGCCGUGUCGGGCUCGGCAUGUCACUCCAGAUGUGGUCUCAGCUUUGCGGCAUGAACGUCAUGAUGUACUACAUCGUCUAUGUAUUCGAGGGUGCUGGCCUGACGGGCCGCCGCGCCAACCUCAUCGCCGAUUCCGUGCAGUAUGUCCUGAAUGUGGCCAUGACCGUUCCGGCUAUCAUCUACGUCGACCGCUGGGGCCGUCGCCCGCUCCUGCUCGCCGGCACGGCGCUCAUGGGUAUGUGGCUCUUCUUGGUCGGUGGUCUCCAGGGCGGCUUUGGACAUUGGGGCACGCUCGACGGUAACAAAAUCUGGCUCGUCUCGGGCAACGACCACGCGACAAAGGCGAUCAUCGUGUGCUCGUAUCUCUUCGUGUGCUCGUUCGCGGUGACGAUGGGGCCAAUCUCGUGGACGUACCCUGCGGAGCUGUUCCCGAUGCGCGUGCGCGCCAAGGCGGUGUCGGUCUCGACGGCGACGAACUGGGCGUUCAACUUUGCUCUCGCGUGGUUCGUGCCGCCCGCGCUGUCGAACAUCGCGUACAAGACGUACUUCAUCUUCGGCACGUUCAACUUCGCCGCGUUCAUCCACAUCCUGUUCUGCUUCCCCGAGACGGCCGGGCGCACCCUCGAGGAGGUCGAGGCCAUCUUUGAGCAGGGACAUGCGUUCACUGCGUGGCGCAUCGGCCGCGACGUGGGCAAGGUGGACCUCAGCCACGCGCACGCGUUGGACGAGAAGCACGAGGUCCAAGAGGCGGGCUCACUCGAGGAGAAGGCGUAAGUCUCUGCUGUGUUCUCUCUUUUAAUUGCAUGUGCGAUAUAUGUACACGCCCUGUAUCCUGUAGCAGCUGCUUACCGAUUCGCGCAAGGCGACUUACUUCGCUACGAUUAUAAUGAUGACAUCUGUACCAGACAGAAGCCAAGGGAUGGUUGCGCUUCUCUCCGCCAGAAGGCAACAGGUGUUAGAGAACGCCAAGACUCGAUGUGCGCUAAGUACUUAGUCUCAUACCAAGACCCUCCACACGGCACUAGUGUGCCGAACCUACGACGUGCUCCGCCUGCGCAUGCUUCUUCGGAGAGAGGCCACUAAUACAUCCUGGUCACAACGUCUCAG